AGAAGACAGCACAGCACGCCCUGCCUUCUACAUUGCUAUUCCUCCUCCUCUCCGCUACCCCUCACGAUCUCGUAGGCAAGUGCGAUUGCUCCAUUCAUAUCCUCGUCCCAUCGCUGCACCGUGUUGCUGUACCGCCGCAUGAAGCGCCGUCCCGCGUCAUAGCACUAGCGAGCGUCCGUCAGCCCUACAGUCCCCUCAUCGCCUGUGCUAGAGCGCGUUUCUUGGCCGACACCCCUCCCUUCACUUCCUGCUCGACUGUUUAUGUUGGUCCGUCACAGGAAGGCGCCUUUUACGCUUGCCUAGCCCUGGAGUGAACCUGGAACCGCUUGUCGCCCAUCACAAUCCUCACAGCCUUAGAACAAACCCUCUGCCUACCACCGCCCGUGUGCUUCUCCGAACAACUCUUGCUGCCACUCUACGCCGGGCGAAUCCGCGCGUGAGCCUGGUCUUCCGUCCUGAGUACGAUAGACCCUAGAAGCACCAUCCAACAUGGCGCGCUCCUGCAGACAGAAUCGAGACGAGAGCAGGUCCCGCUCCGACACCUCCGCAUCCACCUCGCCAGAGCGCGGCUACGAUGAUGACAAAGACUCGAUCAUGCUGCAGUCUAACGACUCGCUGUCGUCCCUUGCACCCUCCGUUUCUCCGGACUCCGACGAUGAAGCCCGUCGGCGGGCCAUCGAGGAGCAGAACCGCAUCUCUCCAGUCUCACGCCUACCCGCCGAACUCAUGAUCGCCGUCUUCGCAAAGCUCGCCUCUCCUAGCGACCUCUUGCACUGUAUGCAGGUCUCGAAAGACUGGUCCAGGAAUGCUGUUGGACUGCUGUGGCACAGGCCGUCGACGAACAAAUGGACGAGCGUCAAGAGUGUCAUCAAGACGGUCAGCACCGCAGCUAGCUUCUUCGACUACAGCAGUCUCAUCAAACGCCUCAAUCUGUCGGCAUUGGCGAGCGAAGUCAGCGACGGCACUCUCAUGUCGUUGCGCACAUGCAAGCGCAUCGAGAGAUUGACUCUCACAAACUGCACCAAGCUCUCAGAUCUGAGUCUGACAGCGAUACUGGAGGAUAACAGAAGUCUCCUGGCCUUGGACGUCACGAGCGUGGAGUCUGUAAGCGAUCAGACAAUGUACGCUUUGGCGAAGCACGCAGUCCGGCUGCAGGGAUUGAACAUUACAAACUGCAAGAAGAUCACAGACGAUUCGCUCGAGGAGGUAGCCAAGAGUUGCAAGCACCUAAAGAGGCUGAAGCUUAACGGAUGCUCCCAGCUCAGCGACAAGUGCAUAAUAGCUUUUGCUCUGCACUGUCGCUACAUCCUCGAGAUCGACCUCCACGAUUGCAAGAAUCUCGAAGACGACUCGAUAACAACGCUUAUAACAGAAGGGCCGCACCUGCGAGAGCUGCGAUUAGCGCACUGCUGGAAGAUCACGGACCAGGCGUUCCUUCGUCUUCCAGUCGAGGCAACUUACGAGAGUCUGCGUAUCCUGGACCUGACAGACUGCGGUGAGCUGCAAGAUUACGGCGUUCAGAGGAUCGUCUCUGCAGCACCGAGACUGCGCAACUUGGUCCUCGCCAAGUGUCGCAACAUCACAGACAGAGCGGUGAUGGCCAUCACUCGCUUGGGCAAGAACCUGCACUACAUACAUCUCGGCCACUGUUCGCGAAUUACCGAUACUGGCGUUGCACAAUUAGUGAAGCUGUGCAACAGGAUCAGAUACAUCGAUCUGGCUUGCUGUACGAACCUUACCGAUACUUCUGUCACGCAGCUGGCCUCGCUUCCUAAGCUGAAGCGGAUAGGUCUGGUGAAGUGCGCAGCCAUUACAGACCGCAGUAUACUGGCACUGGCAAAACCAAAGCAGAUGGGCUCUAGUGGACCGAUCCAGGCUAGUGUUUUGGAGAGAGUCCACUUGAGUUAUUGCACCAACCUCACUCUUCAAGGCAUCCACGCGCUCCUUAAUAAUUGUCCCCGUCUCACUCACUUGAGUCUGACUGGCGUACAAGCCUUCCUUCGCGACGAUCUUCUUGUUUACUGCCGCGAGGCACCACCAGAGUUCAACGAACACCAGCGCGACGUCUUUUGUGUCUUCAGCGGCGUCGGCGUUCAACGUCUCCGUCAAUUCCUCAACGCCGACCACGAUGCCCAACACCGACAGACUUCCUUCUCCGACAACGAAGGAACCAUGUACGAAGACGGCGAGGAACCCGAUGUCAUACUCAAUGUCACCGCACAGGCUAACGGAAUGGUGAUAGAUGAGGACGAAGACUUCGGUGACAGCGAGAUGUUGGGUCAAGACUAGCCGCCUUGGUUGCUCUGACACAGUGCUUCGGCAGCGCUGAGCGUAACGUUAUGUUGUGACGCGCAUUGGUCUCUGAGACAUUUCUUUAUUGCAUAUAUGGCGGCGUUCUUAUCACUUUUACAAUCCCCAUCCUCUUAGCGGCAUACGGCGCACGUGUUCAUGGGUAACAUGAGCUCGAUUCUGGGGCAGACGCGGCAAAUACGAUACCCUUAUGUCUUUCUUACUGUGCGACGCUGUCUUCGCCGUCUGUCAUGGUAGUGUACCUAGGUAGCAGCAUGUACAUCUUAUCACAACACGGAGGGUGCCCUGUGACUCCGUCGUGGCGCACCUUCCAUCCAACUACCCAG